CUUAAGCGACAUGUUCCUCUUUCUUGGCGUCACCGGUUUCGCGUUGUUGCGGACCAUCAACGGCGAUCACGUCAACUUCUCAAUCCCGUCAGGGCAACCAUCGGAUCGUCCUCAGUACGUCCUGAUCGAAGAACCAUACGGUGGUCCCAUCAGCAACAACGACCUCUUGUGGAAGACCCAGAGUGUUAUGAUAACCAGUUGGGAUAUCGACUUGGUGAACCAGUAUGGCGAGAAAGUCUUUUUCAACCCGCAGCCAUUAUGUCCUCAGGAUGGUUAUCCCGACUGCCGAAACUGCCGUCCCGGUGAUAGAGAUGAUACCCGGGUAAUGACGCAGUGCUGCUUCGCACACCACUGGGCCUGGCAGAAUAACCGCACACUGCGAGACGUCCUGCCGUAUCGCUUCCAUCUGGACCCGGUGAACGAGACAGGUUGGGAACCUUAUCGGGAUAUCGAUGGGCCGUACGGCAUAUGGCACUCGGAUCCGUGCACCGGUGAGCCAGCGGAGUCCAUUACAAAUGAGCCCUAUACACCGUGGCGCCAACGCAAGCCAAAGUGAACCUGUGCCUGUGGUAUGGAAUUCGCCAUUCUAUAAAGUCAACUGGAUUGCGGCUAG